AUGGCCCCGCCACCAGAGAUUGCCAUCCCGUCCACCAGUGUCUCCGAAGACGUCGGUUCCAAACCGUACACGCUGUACAACAUCACACUCCGGCUACCCCUACGGUCGUUUGUCGUCCAGAAGCGCUACUCGGACUUUGCAAAGCUUCACAACACGCUCGUCCAACAAGUCGGCGUGCCGCCGCCGGAGCCCCUCCCGGGCAAGCACUGGCUGAAAUCUACCGUGCGCUCACCUGACCUCGCGAGGGACCGACAGAUUGCUCUGGAGAAGUAUCUCCGGACGAUUGCGGAGACGCCUGACCGACGAUGGAGAGACACCUCCGCCUGGCGGGCGUUUCUGAACCUGCCCAGCGCCAGCACCACCAGCUCAGCAGUGUCGGCGGCGGGGAUGGUGAGGCCGGCGGCGACGGGGGCGGCAGAUCCCCAGACAUGGCUGGACAUGUACAGGGAGUUGAAGCAGCACCUGAACGAGGCGAGGCAGUGCCUGUCACGGAGAGACGCGGCAUCGGACACGGGCAACAGCAAGGCGGCGGCAGAGGCGGGCGCAGCAGCAGGCAGGGUGCUCCUCAAAGCCGGCACCACCGUCACCAGCUUAUCGGAUGGCCUCCGCAAAAUCCAAGAAUCCAACAGGCUGGGCGAGGGCGAGCUCCGCCGUCGCCGAGACCUCGUGUCCAACGCGCGAAUGGAGCGCGACGCCCUUGAGAAACUGUCCACCACCCUAUUCAUCGCGUCGUCGUCGGGCAGCCACCCCCGUGGCAGUCCCACCGUCAACACAGCUGCCGCCGAGAAAGCAACCUCUUUCAGGAGCGCCCGCCCGGCGACGGGCCGCGUCCUCGGCGCACCGCUGCCCGAAACCGCGCAAACGAGGGAGCUCGACAACGAGGGGGUCCUCCAGCUGCAGAAGCGAGAAAUGGCCGCCCAGGACGAGGCCGUCGACAAACUGGCCGACAUUAUCCGGCGCCAAAAGGCAAUGGGCAUCCAGAUCAAGAACGAGGUCGAUGCGCAGUCCGAGAUGCUGGCAGCGUUGGACAGCGACGUAGACAGGGUGAAUGAUAAGCUGGGCGUGGCUCGGAACCGGAUCAAGAAACUGUGA